AUGGAUCCUCCUGCGGGCUUUGUGCGCGCUCGGAAUCCAGCUGUCACCGCCCCACUUGAGGGCGCACAUUUCCGGGCUGCCCACCAGCCGGGUCGCUUCGGCAGCCGCUGCCCCGGCAGAGCCCAGAGCUGUUCCCGCCCGCUCGUGGCCGCCCGGCCCCAGUCGCCCCCCGAAAUGCCCGUCGACUUCACCGGGUACUGGAAGAUGCUGGCCAACGAGAAUUUCGAGGAGUACCUGCGCGCGCUCGAUGUCAAUGUGGCCUUGCGCAAAAUCGCCAACUUGCUGAAGCCAGACAAAGAGAUCGUGCAGGACGGCGACCAUAUGAUCAUCCGCACGCUGAGCACUUUCAGGAACUACAUCAUGGACUUCCAGGUUGGGAAGGAGUUUGAGGAGGAUCUGACCGGCAUAGAUGACCGCAAGUGCAUGACCACGGUGAGCUGGGACGGGGACAAGCUCGAGUGUGUGCAGAAGGGCGAGAAGGAGGGACGCGGCUGGACCCAGUGGAUUGAGGGUGACGAGCUGCACCUGGAGAUGAGAGUGCAGGGUGUGGUCUGCAAGCAAGUGUUCAAGAAGGUGCACUGAAGCUGGGCAGAGCUCAGUCUGGAGGAGUGAGUGGCAUGGACGUGUGGGCCAGUGUCCACUCUGCACAGCAUGGGGCAGAGACGUCCAGCCACCUGCAGGUAUCUGUUAGCAGUCUGUCUCUUGGCUUUGUCUCUUUUCCUUUUCUUAAAAUGAAACCACCCCAAUAAAAGUGAUCUCUGCUCAAGAAUCUGUUUUGGAGAAGCUUCACAACCCCGCUGUGCUCACUUUCUCUGGGCCUUCUGAAGUCUGCUUCUUCUGAUGCCAACCCCGGACAGAGGCAAAAAUUCAGCCACAUACCCAAGAUUUAGUCAUGGGGUUGCACCUGUGUGAUCUUUCCCCGAGGGCAAUGGCUUGGGUCUGGGGUGUGGCCCGACAUUCAGUCAUCUGUGUACCUACCACACUGCGUGUCCAGUCAGGGUCAAAGUGCAGUGAGGGCCACGGAAGCCGGAGAAGAUGCUCUCUGCCCUGGGAACUUAGAGCCUGGUGAAGGGGAUCCAACCAACAGAGAUCUCUGACCUUGCAUGUACUCAUAGGCGAUGUUUGAAAAAUUAUUUGUGAAUGAAAUAGAACUGGAUAGCAGUUGGGAAACAGCUAGAAUGAGGUGAGCCUUAAUCAGAGGCAACCACCAAUUGGAUCGGAUUUCAGAGGUGUCCUGAACUAACCCCAAACCAUCCCCACCUCAUCUAUGGGCUGAUGUAAAGCCUUCCUUUUCACUGUUAACAUAUUCUUUUUUAAUUUUUAUUGAAUUUAUUGG